CCGCGGUGAUAGCGGGCGGCGGUGAGGGCUGCGCCGGCACUCCUCGUGACGUGCGGCCGGUCUCUUCGCUCGCCCUUUCUCACGGGCAGCGCCCGGCAACCCCCGUCCAGGCUUUUCCUUUGCGGGAUGGCGGCGGCGGAGGGCCGCGUCGUGGGGCUGCGCGCUGCACCCUAGAGCCAGCGAGAUCAGCCGCUGCAGCGGAGCCGGGCGCGGCCCGGCCCCGGCUGCGCUUCGGCCCCUCUCCGCCUCCCGGCCCCCGUCUCGUACCUCGCAGCAGGCAUGGGCUGCUUCUGCGCCGUCCCGGAGGAGUUUUACUGCGAAGUGUUGCUCCUGGACGAGUCCAAGCUGACCCUGACCACCCAGCAGCAGGGCAUCAAGAAGUCAACGAAAGCAUCAGUUGUCCUGGGCUAUGUAUUUCGUCACCUAAACCUAGUGGAGAUAGAUUACUUUGGACUGCGCUACUGUGACCGAAGUCAUCAAACUUACUGGCUGGAUCCUGCAAAGACCCUUGCUGAACAUAAAGAAUUGAUAAACACUGGACCACCAUACACUCUGUAUUUUGGCAUUAAAUUUUAUGCAGAGGAUCCAUGUAAACUUAAAGAAGAAAUAACAAGGUAUCAAUUUUUCUUACAGGUUAAGCAAGACGUUUUACAGGGCCGAUUGCCUUGCCCAACCAACACUGCAGCACAGUUGGGAGCAUAUAUAAUUCAGUCUGAACUGGGGGACUAUGACCCAUAUAAGCACACCGCAGGUUAUGUCUCGGAGUACCGCUUUGUUCCAGACCAGAAGGAAGAGCUGGAGGAUGCCAUAGAACGGAUACACAAAACUCUGAUGGGUCAAGUUCCUGCUCAGGCAGAAUCAAACUACUUAGAUGUGGCCAAAUCCCUGGAAAUGUAUGGAGUGGAUCUCCAUCCUGUUUAUGGUGAAAACAAAUCUGAGUACUUCUUAGGAUUGACACCUAUAGGAGUUGUUGUCUACAAGAAUAAAAAACAAGUAGGAAAAUAUUUCUGGCCUAGAAUUACGAAAGUUCACUUCAAGGAAACACAAUUUGAACUUAGAGUCCUGGGAAAAGAUUGCCACGAGACUUCCUUCUUUUUUGAAGCACGUAACAAGAUUAUAUGCAAACAUCUUUGGAAAUGCUGUGUAGAACAUCAUACAUUUUUCAGAGUGCCAGAGAAUGAAUCAAACUCUCUGUCAAGAAAAUUCAGCAAGUUUGGAUCCAUAGGUUAUAAACAUCGGUACAGUGGCAGGACAUCUUUGCAAAUGACCAGAGACCCUUCUGUGCAGCUUCCACGGCCUGACCAGUGCAUUGAGAGAAGUCGCAGCAAGACCUACCCCAAAAGAAUACAACAGACAGGAUCUAAGAACAUGAGCCAGAUUACAACAAACAGAGAAAAUGAAGGAACUACCAAAAUUAUUGCACCUUCCCCUGUGAAAAGCUUUAAAAAGAUGAAAAAUGAAAACAGUCCAGAAACACAAAGAAGUAAAACAAGUGCACCAUGGGAGGAAAAUGACCCUCAGAGUGGACUGUAUAAUUCUCCCAGUGACCGCAAUAAAUCACCAAAGUUUCCAUAUUCUCGGCGGCGGAACCCAUCAGGUGGCAGUGAGAAUGAGUCUGGGCAGCCAGUCCGGAGGAGGAAAAAUCAAAACAGUGGUGAAGAUUCAGACUUAAAGCAAAGGAGAAGAUCACGGUCUCGCUGUAACACCAGCAGUGGCAGUGAAUCAGAAAAUUGCAAUAGAGAGCAUCGGAAGAAGAGAAACAGAUUACGGCAAGAGAAUGACAUGGUUGACUCAGCUCCUCAGUGGGAAGCUGUGUUACGGCGUCAAAAAGAGAAGAACCAAGCAGAUCCAAACUACCGUCGAUCCAGGCACAGAUCUCGAUCGAGAAGCCCAGAUGUACAAGCUAAAGAGGAACUGUGGAAACAUAUUCAGAAGGAGCUUGUGGAUCCAUCUGGCUUGUCUGAGGAGCAAUUGAAAGAAAUUCCGUACACUAAAAUAGAGACUCAAGGUGACCCGAUCCGCAUUAGGCAUUCGCAUUCCCCUCGAAGCUACCGUCAGUAUCGGCGGUCCCAAUGUUCUGAUGGGGAAAGAUCUGUCCUGUCUGAAGUGAAUGUGAAAACUGAUCUGGUGCCUCCACUGCCUGUUACACGAUCUUCAGAUGCAAAAGGCCCCAGCAUCCAGUUGACUCAACAGAGACAGAAUGGAUCUAAAGAUAGCCUAAUAGAAGAAACAUGUCAGCUGCCUGCUAACAAUGUCGAUGGAAAACCUACCACUAAGAUCGUAAAAACUGUACAGGUGUCACGCUUCAGUCUUGACUGCCAUAACUGAAGAUGGUGAAUGGAUUUUAUUCUUUGGAAACUGGGAAUCUCUGUGUGUGUGUGUGUGUGUGUGUGUGAAGGAACUGAAGUUGUCAUCGUAGCAAUUUCUUCAGGAUGCUGAGAAGUGCAGCCUGCUUGCUGGGAAGGCCAAGGGCUGCGUUUAUCACCAACACUAUUCCAGUGAUGUGACUGACUUAGAAGCUUCCUGAUCAGACAACCAAAAAAAAAAAAGUCUUAGUAAAACUGAAUGAUAAGCAGUUACAUUUCCAAAAAAUGAACAAAAAAAUUGCCGCAACAAAACAGGCUGCAUGAGCUACUCUGGUAACUGAACAGCCUUUCUCCAAAAAAUGACUGUUAACUGACAUGAUCAGGACUAGAUGCUUCGAGAGAAGCAAAAUCGGCAUAUUUUUGGCCAAUUGUGCAAUACGGUGUGAUAUGGGGAGGAUUAUCUUCACAAUUCUGUAUGGGGAUCAAUGUGUGUCUUGAGACAUAAGGACUGAUAGCUCUUACAAGGUUUAUUUUAGCCUAGCAUGACAGCAGAUGCUGGUAUUGUUAAUACCAGCAGCUGUUGAUUCAAUCUGUUUUAGCUCAAAAAUAAUACUCAGUAACACCCUAUUGCAGAGAGUUCCAGAGAUAAAACAUACUUACUUUCCCUUGGCAGUUUUAAGUGUUUGCAAUUCUAAAUAAUCUUUUAUGUAGGUGGACUAUUUAACUGAACAUUCCAUGUCAUAGAAAUACAUCUAUCACCUUAUAGUAAACCAUAUUAGAAAAAAAUCGAGGCUGCAUACGACCCACCAUAGUAGGACUGCUUAGCAAGGCACUUAGUACUGGUUAAAUGAAACUUGUAGAGUAGGAUUUAAGACAGCUAGCAAAUAGCUUUUUAAUGUUGUUUUUUGUAAACCAGAUUUGCAAAGUCUGCCUUAAUCUCUUUUCAUAUGAAAUAAUCAAUGCUAGUUACUUUCUGAUACUUUUCUCUGAGCCAUUUCUACUGUGAUAAAAUUUCAGGCAGUAUUUCAGGUAUGAUAAUUGUGAUUUUUUUUUUUUCUAUUAUCACAGUAGGAAUAGUAAGUUUUAAUGAUGGUCCACACUGAGCGAGUUAUCUUUUAGUAGGUAUCAGAUGCCUAGCUCUUCUCCAGUCCUAACACUUUGUGCAAACAGCUGAAAGUCAUUUGUCUGCCUCCUGUUUGCCCAGUCUGCACAUAGAUGAGCCUUCUGGCAUCACUACUCUAUUAAGAAGCUUAGCAACAUUUUUGUGUUGUGAAAGUAAUUACUACCAGUUAGCAAAAGCUAAGUGUAGUCCCCAAAUUAAAUAUUGAAUUUGCCAGAUGGCAUUGUAAAUGGCUGUAGUAGCUCAUGUGCCUUUCUACAUCUAUCAGCCCUCACAGCCUUCAGUGAUUUGCUGUGAUCCUGUGUCUUCUACCCCUAGAAACACCAUACCCUGACUGUAGCCCUGUCAGAAAGCCGUACUGUUUGAGAACUGGAGUGAGUGUAAGGCGUCUAAGUUAUGCUUUACAAGAUGCAUGGGAUUACUAAUACGCAUUUUAACUAACAAAACUGAGAAGUGAAAGCUCGUAUGAUGUAUUUUCUGCUUUGUGCUUUGAUUCUUUAUUAUUUCAUUAUCUGAGGUGCUCAGAUGGAUGCUACCAGCCAGGGUGGUAGCCAGGUGGUACAUUCCUAUCACAGUAUGGAUUGGUCUGCAGAUUGGGAAAUACUGCAUCAUGACAGGGAAGGUAGAUCCACUUCAUUUUUUUUUCAAUUUCAUCACUUAUUUUAGACCCUUCUGCUUCUUCAAUCUCAGUGGGCAAACUGAAGGGAGGGAAAGAACUUAGAACCCCUCUGUGGUAAAAAUUCUGUUUCCAUGGAGGUUCUUUAACAUUUUCUGAAUUUACUAUGGAUUUAAUCCUAGGACAUUGUUAGGCUUGGUUUAAAGUAUUUGUUCAAACUGGUCUGUUUAAUAGUCUCAGCGUCAUUGCUCCAAUUUAAAGUGAUUCUUUAUCAUCUACUUAUGACCUUGUGUAGUAUUCUUCACAAGCACCAUUUAAAUAAAACAAAACAAACAGAGCAAAAAGUAAAAAAAAAACCAACAAACCAAAACCAACCUAAAAACCAAACCACACACACAAAAAAAGUCCACAUCACUGUGGCAGAUUGUGGUGAUACAGAUUAAUGUAGAGCAUCACAGUCUUUUGAAAGAUUAUUGAAAUGCAUCAAACACACAAUAACUGGUUACAGUAUCUGCAAUGAAAGCUGCUCCAUAUUUCUUCGAGGUGGUCCAAUGUGGAGCAUUAUGCACUUGCUUAUAAUUUGUUGCUUUCUAAGUCAUUAUCAUUAUUCUGCAUUCCUUACUCAGGCACAGGCAAGUAGAAUGUAGGAGAAUUUGUGGUGUUAUUUGAGAAUUAUCUGUAUAUAGUGUCUGUAUCUUGCCAAUCCUCACACACUGAUCAAAAAGAAAAUUACUUGUAAGGUUGAUAUCUAACCUCAUGUUUUCCUAUAUGUUGUCAUCUGCCUGCGGUCUUUUGUGUGUUUUGUUGGAUACCAUUGGACAAGAGUGUGGUAUUUUACUUUUCCCACUAUAUCAGAAAAUAGGCUUCUGUCUUGUCUAUUAGUGAUAGGUUUCCAUUCUCAUGUCACAGGAGAGCUGUUUUGUAAACAAGCCAACUUUUUUGCAUUUAAAAGAAAAAUGUACUGAAAGAUAUGGGACUAUGGGUUUGUAGUCUUCUUUCUGAGGCUGUACAGGAAACAGUUUAGCAAGUCUAAUGCUGUCUGGGGCACUACAAUACAGUGUUGUGUCUCAAAGAGAAAUGCCUGCAUUAUGUGUUGUGUGUGCCACAAGAUAUAACUUGGACGAGGAAAUCUGUCAACUAAUAGUACAGAAAAAGAAACUUCUUCCAUAUACGUGAGCCUUCUUAAAGCUUCUUUUUCUCAGUCAUCUGAGGAAAGGUGCCUUAUCUUGUGAUCUUAAUUUUUUGUGAGAGAUACUGACAAGUGAUCACUGGAAACACGGUGUCACAGCUAUACUCAGUAGCCCCAAACCAGCCCUGCAACAUCCAUCUGUAUGUGGCUGGCCUGCUACAGUUCUGAGCAACACCCUGCCCUUUCUACUGCUGCUACCCUUCCCCGGCUGUCUUGGGGCUUUCUCUGCCUAGAGAAACAUGUUUUCAGACCUGGAGUUUGGAUGUCAGUCCAAAAUACUUGUACCUUCUGAUGAGUCAAGCAAAAGACAGGAACUUUGCAACCCAGUCAGGCAAAGUUUACCUGGUGUUGGAUGCCACACAGACCUGUCCCCACAGGACAAAGGACUGAUAUUUGAAACAUUCUCAUUCUGCCCCUAGUCUGCUGUACUGAUCUCAGGCCAACAAUUUUAACUUUGCGCGUCCUAGUUUAGUUCUUCUGAGACUUCUGUAAGUGCCAAGAACAGGUAAGUUGUUGAACUCUCUCACUUAUAAAUUAGCAACACCUACAACAUAGAUGUACCUCUGCAAAACAUAUAUUUUAUAUGAUAAGAGAGGGCUUGCUAACCACAUCACGUUUUUGUAUAUCCCACCUUAGUGCCCUUGCUUGUAGCUGAUUUCUUUCAUUAGGAGCUAGCCUUGCUGUUUUCCACACUACCCUUCUUACCAAUAUCCCUAACCUUGCACCUUGAAUUCUAAUUCAGUUCAUUAUAUUGAAGAUGUUGAAAAAAAAAAUAAAGCUCCCAUUUAAGUUGCCAAAUAAAUCAUACUUUUACAGGUGAACAUUGAACUGAAUAGACAGAACAUUUUUUGGGGGGAAAGCCCAUUUAAUUCCAAUCUCCCUAGAAAGAUGUUUGAAAACGUACAUAAGCAUAUUAAUGUGAUGCAUAUGUUCUGUGUACAUUAAGUAUUCAUGAAGCAACUGUGUGCUUUGUUUUAACUUGGGUUUGAUAGAUGGCUGUGUCAAUACUUGUGU